CCUUGUCCUGGAGUCGCAGAGCCAAUCCCAUUCGAUGCAUCCACAUCCACACCACGCCAAAUCCAUCCCCAAACACUGUCACAGCUUCAAAGUGCGGGGUGAGCAGCAGAACUGAUGCUGUUGACCAAUAGAUUCUCUCCAUUUGAUUGACUGCUGUUCUUAGUCUCUCUCGUGUGCUCAGCUUCCUUUCCCCGCGACCUACUCUCCCCUCUCUCUUCUUCUCAAUAUACUCUAUAUUGAGAUCACUGCAGCUUCAUUGUUGUCACUUGAGACAUCGACACUGUUUCGUACCGGAAGAUCCCCCAGACCCCGGCUCGCUACGUCAGGACGGCAAGCCAAGGUUGCAUCACAGACCAGACGCAAAGAAGCGCAGCGCAAUCAGCCGAUACAGAGCUUCCCCCGUCAAAAGCAAGGUCGAGGACAUUCAACAGAGCUCUAUAUUUUGACCCGAACCGAAAUACUAUCACUUUGUUUCUUUACAAAGUCGGAAACAACAAAACAAUCAACCAAAUACCGCACGAUGUUCACCCGCCGUUUUGUCAAGAGCUCCAAGCUCACCUCACCCAGCACCCUCCUCCGAUCAUUCACCAGCACAACCUCCCUCUCUCGAUCCCCCGCCCUCUCAGAUAUCAAUUCUGAAGGCGCUGCAUCCUUCGACGCAAAGCAGAAGCAGUUCCGGGAGAAACUAGCUGAGCUGAGCAAGCGGAAAGAACCAAGUCAGUACACCGAAGAUUAACCCCCUUCCCUCCAUCUCAUUAUAGUGUUCAAUCCGUGCCUGCGGCAUUUCCUCCCACUGUUCCGCGCGUGAGCAAUGCGUGGCUCGUGUAUUCUCCUCCAGAUGUCGAUGUUACUAUUAACUCUACUACAACGUCUUCAUUUAAUUCUAAACUCACGUCGUGGUUGAAAGAACCAAUCAAAGAACAAGGCUGACGAGAUGGUGUUGCUUCUACAGGUACUGCGCAAGAUGAACACGACAAUACGAAGAAGGGCAAGCUGAGCAGCUUGAUCUAUGGCACAAAGGAGGGACGGGAGAUGGAUCGCGAGAUCGAGCAUUCGUUCAGUCAGGUUCUGGCGAGAGGAAAGUAUGUUCAUUCGAUUGUCUUUCAUCAGGUCAAGCCGGACAAGGUGGAUGAGUACGUAGAGCUGGUUGGCAAAUGGUAUCCGAAGAUGGCGGGCAUGGAGCAGAACAAGGUGCAUCUUGUAGGAAGCUGGAGGACUGAGGUCGGGGAUUGUGAUACUUUUGUCCAUAUCUGGGAAUACCAACGCUACCACGGCUACCACGACUCCCUCCACUCCAUCGCCAACCACCCCGACUUUCCCGCCUUUGACAAGAAGCUCAAAUCUCUCAUAACAUCCAAAAACACCUCCCUCAUGCAAGAAUUCUCCUUCUGGCCCACCACCGCGCCACGAGCACUAGGCGGCGUCUUCGAGCUCCGCUCCUACACACUGCACCCCGGCAACCUGCUUGAAUGGGAGACGCACUGGCGACGAGGCCUGAAGGCGCGUAGGGAGGUCAUGGAAGGUGUGGGAGCGUGGUUCGUGCAGAUCGGUGAGCUGAAUACAGUGCAUCAUCUUUGGCAAUUUGCGGAUCUGGAGGAGAGGAAGGUGAGGAGGGAGAAGAGUUGGAAUGUGGAGGGGUGGGGAGAUACCGUGCAUAAGACUGUGCCGUUGAUUCAGAGUAUGAAGAGUAGGAUUUUGAUUCCGAUGCCGUGGAGUCCGGUUGCUUGA